CUGUCGCACUUCUGCCAGGAGCAGUCGGUACUGGCGGCCCAGGACUGCCUGCAAAAGCUGCACAGGCAGUUCAUCACGUACCAGGACAUCCGGGACAUGGUCGAGAACUUGAUAGGUCUGCACACCCUCUGCAUGAGGCGAGCUCCCGUCACGGCGCGCAGCCUCGGUCUGGUCAUCCGCAAGUUGACAAUCAUCGUUGGUGAACUGGCCAUUUCUCUCGAGAAGAUCUCCGAGGUGCCGGUCACCGACUGGAUGGCUGUCGGCGACUCCGUUGUCACGCGCACCGACAGGAUGACGAUUGAAGAACAGCCCCCGUUCACUGAAUUCAUCCCGAGGACGCGAGAUAUCGAAGCCGUGAAGCUUCUCGGGGCAGGCGGCUUUGGCGCCGUAUACAAAGCCAGAUACAAGCCGGCCAACCUUAUCUGCACGGUGAAGGUGAUCGCCUCAGACCGAUUUAAGCAGCCGAAGCAGGCGUGCAUCGACAAGGUGGUCGCUUCCGUCGUACGGAGCCCUUUUGUCGCCAAGUAUUACGCAUGCUUCGCCACGAAGGACGCGUAUGUGACAGUGAUGGAGUACGUGCGCGGGGUGGACCUCAUGCGCGUGAUGGAGCGUGCCAUGUUCUUGCCCCUUGACCAGGUGCGCAUCAUCAUGGCCCAGCUCAUACUGGCCGUAGAGCACAUGCAUCUCAAGGGCUUCUUGCACCGGGACAUUAAGGUGUCCAACAUGCUCAUAAUUCCCGGAGGAAGAGUCAAACUCAUAGACUUUGACACCAAUAAAAUUUGCCUAGCGCACUUCACGAAACGCGUCAUUCGAGGCUACUUCCAGCGAACCCCGUUCGAAUUCAGGGACGGAGAAUCCGCCGGGACUAUUCCCUAUAUGGCCCCGGAAAUUCUCAAGCAAAGGCCAUACGGCCGUGCCUGCGACUGGUGGUCCACGGGCGUGGUGUUCUACAAACUGAUGACUGGUCGCGUGCCGUUCCGAGGCCAAACCAAGAAGCUGCUUCGCGACCGCAUCAUUGCAUCGCCGCUGAAGUGGCCGAAAGUCGGCGAACAUCCCCAUUCGGCCAACAGCACCGCCAAAGACAUGGUGUACCUGCUCCUCAAGAAGAACCCUGUCGAACGACUCGGCUCCAAGCAGUACCGACGCAUCAAGUCGCACUUCUUCUUCGAUGACUUCGAUUGGAACCGGCUGCGUUCGAACAACGACCUCUGCGACGUCCCGACCAUCUACGAGCUCAUGCACAUGUCGCCGCCCUCGGAUGCGCCUACCACAGUGGCUGAACACAGCACGCUCAACCUGUCCGCCGGAGCGGCGACUACGGCUCACGCGCGCAAGCUAAUCAAGAUCGAGGAGCUCACCGACUUGGACAGCUCGCAGCAGAAACCACUCUUCUCGUACGCGUCCUCGGGCUUCAAGCGACUCGCCUCCAUGGUUGGUGUCACGGAAAUUCAUCAGUGA